CAAAAUGAGUGGGAAUCAGGGAAUGCAAAUGCUCAUUCCCCUUGUCAAUAAACUUCAAGAUGCCUUUUCUGCCCUGAGUGUUCCUCUAAACUUGGAUCUCCCCCAGAUCGCUGUUGUUGGCUCUCAGAGUGCUGGGAAGAGUUCAGUAUUAGAGAACUUUGUUGGUAGGGAUUUCCUUCCACGGGGUUCGGGUAUUGUUACUCGGCGACCUCUAAUUUUGCAGCUAAUAAACAGCAAUACAGAGUAUGCAGAAUUUCUGCAUUUGAAAAACAAACGAUUUACGAAUUUCGAUGACGUCAGGAAAGAGAUCGAAGCUGAAACCGACCGUGUUACCGGGAAAAAUAAAGGAAUAUCUAACAUUCCAAUUAACCUUCGUAUAUAUUCACCCCAAGUUCUUAAUCUUACCCUGAUUGAUCUUCCCGGCUUGACCAAAGUAGCGGUUGGUGACCAGCCUCCGGAUAUUGAACAUCAAAUUCGAGCUAUGUUGCUUGAAUUUAUAGAACCAGAAAAUACCUUAAUUUUAGCUGUUUCUCCUGCCAAUACAGACCUUGCAAAUUCUGACGCCCUAAAAAUCGCCAAGGAAGUCGAUCCAACGGGCAUUCGAACCAUUGGUGUUAUCACGAAGUUGGACCUAAUGGAUGCCGGAACCGAUGCUCGAGAGGUACUGGAGAAUAAAGUCCUGCCUUUGCGACGGGGUUACGUCGGUAUUGUAAACAGAAGCCAGAAGGAUAUUGACGGACGAAAAGACAUUCAAGCAGCCAUCGCAAGUGAACGAAAGUUCUUUCUUGGUCACCCCGCUUACCGGCACAUGGCCGACCGAAUGGGCACCCCCUAUUUACAGGCCACCCUUAAUCAACAACUGACAAACCACAUCCGUGAUACUCUGCCGAGUUUGCGCAACCGUCUUCAGUCACAGUUGUUGAGCUUGGAAAAGGAAGUAGAGGCGUUCAAAAACCUCAAGCCGGAUGAUCCGUCUUACAAAACCAAGGCCCUUAUACAAUUGGUGAACAACUUUUCCGAGCAAUUCAUAAACGCUAUCGACGGCCAUUCAGGGACGAUCAGUGUCGAUUCACUCUCGGGUGGUGCUGAAAUUAACCGCAUCUUCCACGAACGCUUUCCCUUGGAUCUAAUUGAGAUACAGUUCGACGAAAAGGCCCUUCGUCGGGAAAUCGCCUAUGCCAUUCGCAACGUCCAGGGUAUUAGGGGUGGUCUCUUCACGCCGGACCAGGCCUUCGAUGUGAUUGUCAGGGAACGAAUUGGCCGUCUUUUGGCACCUUCGUUGGCUUGCGUCGACCAAGUGGUGACCAAACUCUCGUCCAUCGUUCACGGCUGCCUCGGCCAAAUGGCCAGCUACCCGCUUCUCGCCGACGAAGUUGAACGCACCAUCAACUUACGCAUUCGCGAGUCUGAGGUGAAAACGAAGGACCAACUGAAGGCCUUAUCGGACUACCAACUCGCCUACAUGAAUACCAACCACGAGGACUUUAUUGGGUUUAACAACGCUGAUCCGCAAAAUUCGAACCAGAUAGCAAAGCAAAAACUCGGCAACCAGAUCAUCUGCAAAGGCUGGCUAACCCUACUGAACGGGAAGUUGUUGCGCGGUGGCAGCAAGUACUUUUGGUUUGUUCUCACAACCGAAUCCCUGACCUGGUACCGCGAUGACGAAGAACGCGAAAAAAAGUUUGUUCUGCCCCUGGAGGGCUUGAAGCAGCGCGGUGGCGACACCUCCUUCUUUUCACGACGUCCCAACUUCAGUCUCUUCCACCCCGAUCCCAAAGUGAACGUCUACAAGGAAUUCAAGACCCUCGACUUGGCAGCCGACACUGUGGACGCUCGCGACAACUGGAAGGGUGCUCUGUUGCGGGCAGGCGUGUUCCCCGAAAAAUCGGAGCAAACUGCUGAGGAGGAG